AUGAUAAAUAGUAGACUCUAUUAUCUACUGGUUCUUUUUCAGGUGUACUAUCAUAUCGAUGAUGAGACGGUCCCUUAUUGUACUGAUGUCUUGGUGCCCCCUGAUAAAAUAACAUUGGGGGAUUUUAAACGUGUGUUAACGAGAUCAAAUUUUAAAUACUAUUGCAAGGCACCUGCUCCUGAUUCUGGAGUCUUCCCUGAAGUAAAAGUUGAAAUACGAGAUGAUAGUGAACGUUUGCAUCGAUCAACGAAUGGCCAGUUUGAGCUCUUUUUACUCACAUCAGAAGGCAGUAGUCACUCUGAUGGUUCCUCAGGUCUUCCUUUGAAAACUGUGGUAUCGACGGAUUCCGAUUCUUUCAUCAGUGAUAUGAGAGCGUUACCGCUGCAAGUAAAAGGUAUGGCGAGGCGACAAUUCCAACAGCAAUAUAUUCUUCCUCAAGGACAUCGUGUUGGUCGACGCUUUGAAGACUCAACACUGGGCUCGGAGAGUGAUGCUCGAUUGUUCUCUGAUGAUGAUGAUCGAUCAAGGGUUUCAACAUCCACUGACAUUACUAGUGUCUCUCGGCAGCACCAUGCUGCUGCAUAUCGUAAGCGUCGAAAUCGUCGGAGAUUCCGGCAGCCUUCGCGAGCAUCAUCUUUCAGUAGCAUAACAGAAAGUUCGAUGUCAUUAGAUGUAAUCACAGUUACUUUAAAUAUGGAUACGGUGAAUUUUUUAGGUAUCAGCAUUGUUGGGCAAAGUUCUUCACGAGGUGAUAAUGGCAUUUAUGUGGCUAAUAUUAUGAAAGGAGGUGCUGUAGCGUUAGAUGGAAGAAUUGAACCAGGUGAUAUGAUUUUGCAAGUAAAUGAUAUUUCGUUUGAAAAUUUCACGAAUGAUCAAGCUGUAGACGUUUUGCGUGAAUCAGUCGCACGAAGGGGGCCAAUCAAACUGACAGUAGCUAAAAUGUGGGAUAGUGGACCAAGGAGUGCAUUUACUGUCCCGAGACAUCGAGAUGAACCAGUGCGACCAAUCGAUACUCAAGCAUGGAUUCAACACACCAAUGCUAUGCGAGGAAUGCCAUCAAUUUUAGAAGGUUCCGAAGGCGCUCCUACUCCAAUACCUGGUCAGUAUGGUCGACCUGCAAGUAGCAGUACUGCAACAUCGAAUGGUUCCGUUCCAAACACCAUUGUUGGUGGAGGUUGUUGCAAUUUUGAUAUUCUUCCGCAAUUCCGAUUAGAUGCAAUGACUGACAAAAAGAAAGUUGUUCAAAUGAUGGUCAUGCCCAAUUCUGGAUUAGAUAUCAAAAACAGAACAUGGUUAAAAAUUCCUAUUCCCAUGUCUUUUCUCGGUAGUGAUUUGGUGGACUGGUUGAUGGAGCAUGUUGAUGGUCUUCGUGAUCGAAAAGAUGGGCGCAAAUUCGCCGGUGAAUUAUUGAAAGAAAAAUUGAUCAGUCAUGUGGUUAAUAAAAUUACUUUCACCGAGCAAUGUUAUUACAUUUUGGGCGAAGAAUGUGCUGAUUAUGCUCGCUUGCGGCAAAAUCCUGGGGGUGAUGAUCUUGGUGUUCGAAGUGAAGUAGGAUCAGUUUUACCACCCCCACCACCCGGGCUUGUUGCUGCCGCAGCUGCGCAACAUACUGGAAGAGCUUGGGCACAGCCAACAGUGAUACCACAGAGUGCUCCUUCUAUGGUAAGCGGUAUUGAAAAUGCUGCGAGUGCUGAUGGUAUUGCGCGAUUCUAUCUAACUAACCUAUAG